AAACAGUUCUUUUCACGUAAGCGCUUCCCGUAUCGCGUUUCAUUGCUCACAUGCUUUCAACUAUGCAGGCCGAUCUCGGGUUGUAAGGGUUCCAGAGAUAUUUGGAAGCCUAAGGUUGGUGCAAAAUCUCUGGAAUGAAAUGACAGUUUUUCUGCUAGGGAGGCGUUUAUAUAAUUUAUGCAGUGUUGACUGAUUGCAAGAUGACUUCACCUAUUUUUAUGUAGGGGAACUUGUUGUUUGUGGGGGGGAAAAAUCGCCGGAACCGGUGGCAUGAAAUUAAGAAUUUACCUUUGGUUUCACAAAGGAAUAGUGAUUUCCUACUCAAGUGUGAUACUUUUUUCUUCGAGGUCUGCACUCUCCAUUAAGUAACAGGUAGGCCUCUUAGCUUUUCAACCCGUCAAGCCUACCUGGAGUAAGUGCGGGUCACGGCCACCAUGGCAAGUAGAGAAGAUGCGAAGGGGAAAGUAGAUUUGUUGGAGGAUACACGUAUGGACUCUGGGGUUGAAUCCCUCCAAAAUUCAAUGAAAGAUGACCCAUUUAUCAAAACGGUACGGGAUUCGACUUCUGAACCACGUGAAAGCAGGGACAAAGUUUCAAUCAACACAGAGGAACGGUUGGAUUCUGCUUAUGGCUCGUCGUCAUUAACUGUUGAGAGUUUGAGUGAGAUUAUAGGGGACUGCGAUAUUUCGAAGUGUAAAGAAGAUAACAGCCUAGAAAAAACGGAAUUUACUGAACAUGAAGAAAACCUUCUCACCACCAUCAGUGAAGAUGGAGACACGGUCCUGCAUUUAGCGGUCAUCCACGAAGAUGAACACUUUGCCCGCCAGCUAAUACAGCUGUUCCCCAUAGAAGUCCUGGACAUCCAGAACAACUUGUACCAGACGUCGUUGCACCUGGCCACCUACCUGAGCCUGGCGUCGGUGGUGCGGGCCCUGGUGGAUGGGGGUGCCAGCCUGGGGCUGCAGGACCAGGAGGGGAACACGCCUCUCCACGUGGCCUGUGAGCAGGGCCGGGCGGAGUGUGCAGCUGAGAUGACCCGGGAUGUGUCUCCCAGCAAGCUGGCUCCGUUGCUGGAGACUCAGAACUGGAGAGGUCUCACGUGUCUCCACUUAGCCACUGUGAACAGACAGCAUCGUGUGAUGAAGCUACUGAUGAAGAAAGGUGCAGACCUAAACAUCCAGGAAGGUACAAGCGGUAAGACUGCUCUGCACCUGGCAGUGGAGCUCCAUGACGUUGUGUCUGUGACACAGCUGCUGAGCAAGGGUGCCAACGUGGACGCAACCAUGUAUAACGGCUGCACACCUCUCCACCUGGCCGUGGGCCGGCAGGACAUCGCCAUCGCCGACCUGCUGUGCCAGUCAGGGGCUGACAAGAUGCUGCGGAACAUGGAGGGCGAAACGGCACUGGAUCUAGCUGAUGGCAAAGAAGAUAUCCUUGCUCUGUUUCCCUUUGAUGACAUCCAGAUCCAAGGCAGGUCAGUGGUACGCGUUCCAUUCUGAAUCUGGACUGGACUGUGUGGACCACCUGAAUAUAUUAUUUACCUCUUGAACAUACGACGUCUGAACAGGGAGCAUUGUCAGAAUACUGUACCUUUACUUUGUUUGUGUUUGUAAUUGUGUGACAGUGUGGCUGUGAUUUUCUUUUCUCAUUUUCAUACAUUUUUUGUCAUUGGGUGUAGUAAUCAUGACUGUAGCGUGUGGGUUGAAUUCUAUCAUGAGUUUGGAGUUGGUCUUUGGAGGUAGUCGUGUAUUGAUGUCAAUUACAUAUUGGUUAAGUACUUGAGUUGAAGAUUACAUGAUUAAGUCCUUUUUUUUUUUUUUUUUAAAUCAAAGAGGUACAUAGACUGUUUCUUUUUUCAAAUGCUAAGAGUAGUAAAUCUUUAUUCUACCUUCAUUUAGUAUUGAAAAGAGAUUAAUGAGAGGAAAAUGUUCAAAUAAAAUUACAAAUUUAUCUGUGAAAAUAUGGGAAAUCUACCUCGAACAUAAAUAUAUUCACAGGUUAUUGUGAAAAAUUUGACGUAUUCUGAAAAAAGAUGUCACCAGAUGGCAAAAGAAUUAAGGUUGAUUUCAGCCCCCAGAUUGACAUUUGACAGCUUUAUGAAAUGCAAAUCUCUACUUAUGAAGAGAUGUUUUUUUAUGUAUUAAAUUAUCAAUUUAAUUUCUUGCUUUCAAGUCUCAGUUUAUGCUUUUAAAACACUGCCUUGCUGUAUGCUUUAUUAGAACAGACUCAUCAUAACAGCUGUAUUUAGAACACAGUAAUAUUUAACCCUCCUGGUUUUGUCUUAUCUCUGAAGAAUCAGCUUUGAACUUUAGUGAACUGAAUCACACUUUUAGAUGUUCGGCUUCUAACAGUUUCAAACUCUUUUUGUAAUAAAAGGAAUACAAUCA